AUGGACCAGCAACUGAAGAAAAAGGUAAAGACUUGUGGCUGGAAAGGCUUGGGUAGAAGAGCCUUCAGUGGGGAUAAACCAAAGCCAUCCAAGCCACGGCCAGCCCAACAAGAACCUUUUGACAUGCCAUGGGCCUUAGAAGAUGAAGGUGUAUUCUUUGAAAGUAGCCACCUAGUUGUUGGAGAAGAUUCCUUCUCUGAUUGUUACAUAGAAUGCAUAAUAAGAGGUGAGUUUUCUGAACCCAUCCUGGAAGAAGACUCACUGAAGUCCCCUAACUACCAGGAAGAAGAAUCAGAACAAGAGCUUUCUCAACAGGUUCUUACUGCAAGCUCGCUUCUGGGGAAAUCCUUGAAAUGUGUGCAAAAAGGGGCAAAACAAGAACUUUCUCAGCAGACUGGAGAGAAUUCACAGCUUGAGUAUUCAGAGUAUGAGACAGGCAAGAAGCUUUCUCCUGGAGGAAUACCCAGCACUGAUGUAUCAGAUCCUAAACAGUUUGCAGAAUUUGCUAGAAAGAAGCCCACAAAAAAUAAGGAAUAUGAUGCUCCAGAAAGAAUUGUUUGUCCUCACAGUGGAUGCACAAAAAAGUUAAAGAAUAGAGCUUCCCUGAGAAGGCAUCUCCUCGUUCAUGCUCCCCGAGAUCAUGUAUGUGCAGAAUGUGGGAAAGCAUUCAAUGAGAGUGCAAAACUAAAAAGACAUUUUCUGGUUCAUACUGGAGAGAGGCCAUUUCGGUGUACUUUUGAAGGGUGCGGAAAACGUUUUUCCCUGGACUAUAAUUUGCGUACCCACGUACGUAUCCAUACUGGGGAGAAACGUUUUGUGUGUCCCUUUGAAAGCUGUCACAAGAGGUUUGUCCAGUCAAAUAACCUGAAAGUUCAUAUGUUAACUCAUGCAAAGACCAACAAAAAUCCGUGA